GUGGUUGCGUCACUCCCAACAAACGGGACAAACCUAGACCAGAAAAGCGACUGCCUUCCUGCGCUGUAUCUAUAAAAAGUUAAAAAAACCAUGCAAGUUUGUCCGUUCCCCUCUUCUCCAUCUCCAUCUCUCCCAUUCACUCGUAGUUCAUCCAUUCCCUCGUGCCCUCAUAGUAGGAAGGAGCUGGAGACAGAGUGAGGGCGUUGCUCCGCCUUUUGACAUCUUCCUCCUCCUGCCCCACUCCGUUUCCAUCCAGAAAUGGAGAGCUUGGGGGUUCUGAUGAUGCACCCAAUGAUACCUUAUCUGCAGGAGGAGCUGGACAAGCGAUUCAGACUCUUCAGGUACUACGAUGCCGCCAACAAGAAAGAGUUCCUCUCUCUGCAUUCUCCUUCCAUCAAGGCCGUCGUCGGCAACAGCAUAGUUGGUGCCAGCGCCGAGCUCAUCGACGCGCUCCCCAACCUGGAGAUCGUCUCCACCAACAGCGUAGGUCUGGACAAGGUGGACCUCCGCAAGUGCAGGGAGAGAGGGAUCAAGGUUACCAACACCCCCGACGUUCUCACCGACGACGUCGCCGACCUUGCCAUCGGUCUUAUGAUCUGCACCCUCCGCCAUAUCUGCGCCUCCGACCGGUACGUCAGGAAAGGCCUUUGGAGAGGUUUGGGAGAGUAUAAGCUCACCACCAAGUUCAGUGGUAAAACAAUUGGCAUAGUUGGGCUUGGACGAAUUGGAUUGGCAAUUGCCAAGAGAGCUGAAGCAUUUGAUUGUCCUGUUAGUUAUUUUUCAAGAUCCCAAAAGUCAGAUGUCAAAUAUAAAUACUAUUCAGAUGUCGUAGAUCUUGCAGCGAACUGUGACAUCCUUGUUUUAGCAUGUCCCCUGACAGAAGAAACUUAUCAUAUAGCCAACCAAGUGGUACUUGAUGCACUGGGUCCAAAAGGUGUAUUAAUAAACAUUGGACGGGGGCCACUGGUUGAUGAGCCUGAGUUAGUUAAGGCCCUACUCGAGAAACGGGUAGGUGGCGCGGGGCUUGACGUGUUUGAAGAUGAGCCCGUGGUGCCCGAGGAACUGUUUGAACUGGAUAAUGUUGUACUCUUGCCACAUGUGGGCAGUGCCACUGUUGAAACCCGGAUAGACAUGGCUGAUGUAGUGGUAAAGAAUUUGGAGGCACAUGCAUUGGGAAAGCCAUUGAUAACUCCAGUUUGUUUGUGAAAAGGACAAACCUUUAUGUGCUAUGAGGUCACUGUGGUCAUUGUUUCGAGUUCUCUAGUUAACAUUUUAUCAAUGUUCCAGACUUUAAGUAAAUAAAUCAAGCUAGUAUGGCCUUCACUACAAUCUGCAUAAGAUUCUUUUAGAUACUUGGACUGCUACAUUAUUCAUAUGGACAUGUCCUAUACAAAAAGGAAUGAUAUCCAAGUAGACAUAGAAAUUAUGUAAUUGUGUUUGGUUGAACUACAUUGUUUUUC